AUGCCGACUGCUUUUCUCAGUGUACAGCCAUCCUCUUGGUCUGGUCCAGUCCUUGUCGGGGCGUUCCUUGGUUAUGCUGCCCUCUGCUCAAUUUUUCGAUUUCGACGGAUCAACGCCCUCCAAUCUCGACUUGGCUUCCAUGACCGUAAAUCUCUGGGUCGAAUGACAAACGAAGAAGCCCAUCAGAUCGUGAGGAAUAUUGCGAAUUUCGAAUUUCCACUCUUCUAUGACCUUUCGGUUAGGUUAGCUCUGUUUGAGACAUAUGCCGUUCAGCCAGUUGCGAAGCUGCUUUAUGCUGUCAGUGAUCUGAAUAUAUGGGAGAAAGCCCCGAAGAGAUAUGCGGACACCGAGGUCGUAUACUGCUGUUUCGCAUCGUACUCCCCAGCCUCGCCUGGACUUCACAAAGCAGUAGCACGGAUGAACUACCUGCACGCUCCAUACAUCAAGGCAGGCAAGAUUCUCCAAGAAGACCUGCUCUACGUUCUUUACGCAUCCAUGGCCGAGCCAGUUCGGUUCCUCAGACUUUAUGAAUGGCGCGAACUCACCGAUAUGGAGGUCGCAGCUUUGGGUACCAUGUGGAAGUAUGUCGCCGACAUGAUGGAGAUUGACUACAAAACCGUGCUCAAGAAGGACAUGUGGGUGGACGGCCUGGAGUUCUUUGAGGAUGUUUCUCGAUGGGGAGAAAUCUAUGAGGACGAGCAUCUACGCCCCUCGAAGGAGAUUAAUGAGUUGGGCCAUCUCUUGAUGAAUAUGUUGCUGCAAUCUCAUGCAAAGGUUGCUCGUCCCCUCGGCUACCCGGCAGCUUGCGUUCUCAUGGGACCCAGACUGAGGCGGGCAUUUGGCUUCCCAGAGCCUGGUUUGGGCAUCACAGUCUUGACUUAUAGUCUCUUGCUCGCCAGGAAGCUUACAGUUCGGUAUCUUUGCCUCCCUCGGUUUACGCCCUGUCUAUAUAUCUCCCAGCCAGACGAGCAAACAGGACGUAUCAGCGCCUACCAUUACAUGAAGGAGCCUUGGUACGUGGCCUCGACCUUCUGGUCCCGCUGGAACCCGGAAGCACUCUUCACCCGGUUGGCUGGCGGACUGCUCCCUGGCGACGGUGGUGCAGAUAUCAAGCCUGAAGGGUUUCUCCCCGAGGACUUGGGCCCGGAGAGGUUCGUUGGCAAGGGAGUGGAGGAGGGCAAGGUGAUGGAGCAGGAGGUGAAGAAGAAGAUCUCGUUGGGCUGUCCGUUCAGUGCUGCUGCAAAGGCUUGA